AUGAGGUUAACCGACAAUGGCCAAUUGGUCCUCCAGAAUUUCAAGAAUGAUUGGGCUAAUGCUCACCAGAAGAUCGUUUCUGAAUCGGACUCUUCUUCGUCUUCUUCCUGCGAUGUUGUUCUCAAACGUCAGAUGAAGGAUGUUUUUGGAACUUACAUCCAUGCCAACAUUUCAAAGGAAGAGGUUGAAAAAUAUUCCAAAGUAUUUGAAGAGGGGAAGGUCUACUCUAUAAAGAACUUUCUGGUGGUGACUAACUACUACAAAUAUAAAACAACUACACACAAGUAUCUUAUCAAGUUCAACUACAAAACAGUGGUCAAAGAGAGUAAAAGCAGACAAUUUCCUACCCAUAUGCUUCGCAUUAAGUCGUUUGAAUCAUUGAGGAAUCCUGUUGAAGUCAAUGAAACUGAGCUAUUUGAUGUCAUAGGUCGAGUGGUAGAAAUUUAUUCUCCAGUGCAGAAGCUAAUUGCUGGGAAAGCAGCCACUCUAAUCGACUUCGUGAUUGCUGAUACCCAGAACAUUCAUUUGAAAUGCACGGUAUGGGAUGAGCAUGUUGCUGCUAUUCAUCAAUUCUACAACAUAGAUGUGGAACAACCUAUCAUUGUUGCCAUUCAACUCUGUAGGGCUAAGAUUGUAAAUGGUGAAGUGAGGAUUACUAGCUCCUAUGAUGCCACAAACUGUGGAUUAAUCACAGUUUUGCUGAGUUUGCUGAAUUUAGGUCCAAGUAUACUUGCUACUGAGAAUAGUCCACAUCGUAGUAUUACUACUACAACUGUUCUAUCUGAAUCUACUGGCUUAGGUGAUCUCCAAAGUGGUUCUAUAACUAUCACCACUUUGUCUGAUUUGGUGAUGAAAGAGGAGGAUGGUGACUACUAUGUCCCUGCUCAGAUUGUUGGUAUUCAGGGUUCCCGUAAAGGUGAUUGGUAUUACACCUCAUGCAUGUCACAAGGUUGCAAUAAGAAGUUAAGCGUGAGAGACAAUGGUCUCCUAAUUUGUGGCAAGUGCAACAAGAAGUGGGAAGAAGGAUGUGUUCGAUAUAAAGUGGUUGUGAGAGUGGUGGAUAAAAGAGAUGAUGCUCUCUUUUUACUUUGGGAUAGAGAGUGUGCAGAUUUGGUUGGGGUCCUGGCAAGCUUAUUGUUUGAAAAGUAUCUAAAGGUGGACAUUGACAUUCCACCAGAAUUGGAAUCGCUAAUAGGAAUGCUCAAUGAUACCCAAGAGAAGGAUCUCAUUUCAAGAAUGAUUGAAGAAGAUGAUGAUGAUAUCUCAGGAAUUGAAGGAUCGAAAGGUGAUGAAGUAAACAGCUCGGUGAAUGCCACUCAAGAGAAGGGAAAGGAGACAGACUCUGAGAAUUCAGACACUAUCAAGAGGUGUCUAAUGGACCAAUUUUCUACAUCAACCAAACUGAAGAAGUCGGGGAUGGUGACUGUGAAGACUGAAAAGAUUUAA